AUCUUUUACUAUUAUGGGUUCUUGUUUUCUUCAAUUUUAAAAGUCUCAUUUACACCUCACAUACAGCUCUCAGAAUUGUAAGAAAGAGUCUAUUGUUGUUUCUCUCAGAGGUAUUCACUGAACUGUCUCAUUUCCUCAUUAAUCUGGUCAUGAUGGUGAGGAAUGGAUCUUUGGAUGGAGAAGAUGAGUCUUCUUCAGAUUCUUUGCCAAAGGGUUGUCUGGAAAAUCUUCCUUCACUGACUUGGCAGCGGAAACUAAACUCAGCUGCAAUUAUACCUUCCCAAUUUACUAUGAGAAUUCCCGAGAUAGUGCACUUGCUUCCUCUAGGUUUGCGGUUGUAUAGGCAUAUAAAUGAAGAAGCUGCAAAGGGAACGCCAUCAAUAAUGGAUCCUUAUAACAAAAGGCUGAUCUCGUGUUACCAUGGCGUUCCAUUAGGCGGUAUUGGUGCAGGAAGCAUUGGUAGAAGCUUUAGAGGCGAGUUUCAACGCUAUCAAUUAUUUCAGAGACAAUGUGAAGAUACUCCGAUUCUAUCAAACCAGUUUUCUGUUUUUGUUUCACGGCCUAAUGGACAAAAGUUUUCCUCAGUGUUAUGCUCCGCAGCUCCUCCUAAUGAGAUCAAGGCAGGUAAAGGAUCGGGAAUCGAAUCUUGGAAUUGGAACCUUGAUGGAGAAAAGUGCACAUAUCAUGCUUUAUAUCCCAGAGCUUGGACUGUGUAUGAUGGUACUCCUGAUCCCGAGCUGCAAAUUAUAUGUCGCCAAGUUUCUCCUUUUAUUCCACACAACUAUAAGGAGAGCAGCCUCCCCGUAUCAGUAUUUGUAUUUACGCUCUCCAACACUGGAGUGGUUGAUGCAGAUGUCUCCUUGCUUUUCACAUGGGCUAAUUCAGUGGGUGGAACUUCUGGAUUCUCUGGCAAUCAUCUUAAUGAAAAGACCAAGAAGCAAGAUGGUGUACCCUGCAUUCUUCUACAUCACAAUACUUCAAAUGGCCAUCCCCCGGUAACUUUUGCCAUGGCAGCUCGAGAGACAGAGGAAGUCCGUGUCUCUGAGUGUCCAUGCUUCUCGAUAUCUGGAGAUUCCAACAAUGCAACAGCAAAAGACAUAUGGAAUCAAAUCGAAGAGCAUGGUUCGUUUGACUAUCUUAAGGAUGAUGAAACACCGACCCUUUCAGAACCGGGGUCAUCAAUUGGAGCAGCUUUAGCUGCCACUGCGACUGUUCCUUCUGGUGCAGUCCGUACUGUUACAUUCUCGUUAGCAUGGGAUUGCCCGGAAAUAAGGUUUCCUAGAGGCAAGACUUACCAUAGGCGGUAUACAAAAUUCUAUGGAACUCAUGGAGAUGCUGCUGCAGCUAUUGCUCGUGAUGCAAUCCUAGAACACGCCAACUGGGAGGACGAGAUUGAAGAAUGGCAAAAGGAGAUACUUGAAGACCAAACACUCCCAGAAUGGUAUCGCGUCACUCUUUUCAACGAGCUAUAUUACCUUAAUGCGGGGGGCACAAUCUGGACAGAUGGCUCUUUGCCUAUGCAAAGCAUUGCAACGAUUGGAGAAAGGAAAUUUACUUUAGAGAAGCCAAAAUCUGAGAUGGUUUGUAAUGGUGGCAGUCAAACUGACAAUAUUCAUAUCAACUUACUCGAGAGGAUGAAACAUACAAUUGAUAAAAUGAACUCACCAGUAGCAUCAAACUCCGCAUUUGGCACUUACCUGCUUCGAGAUGGAGAGGAGAACGUUGGGCAGGUCCUCUAUCUCGAAGGGAUUGAAUAUCACAUGUGGAACACCUACGAUGUCCACUUCUACUCCUCUUACGCGCUGCUUAUGCUAUUCCCCAAACUCGAGCUGAGCAUCCAGAGGGACUUUGCAAUGGCGGUUAUGAUGCACGACCCUUCGAAAAUGGGAGUACUGAGCGAUGGAACGUGGGUUCCCAGAAAGGCUCUUGGAGCUGUUCCUCAUGAUAUUGGACUCAACGACCCGUGGUUUGAAGUGAAUGCAUACAACUUCUUCAACACGGACAGAUGGAAAGACUUGAACUCUAAGUUUAUCCUUCAGGUCUAUAGGGAUUUUUAUGCCACCGGAGAUAAAGAGUUUGCCCGAGCUGUCUGGCCAUCGGUGUACCUGGCAGUAGCUUACAUGGACCAGUUCGAUAAGGAUGGCGAUGGCAUGAUUGAGAACGAAGGAUUCCCUGAUCAGACAUAUGACGCUUGGACUGUUAAGGGUGUGAGUGCUUAUUGUGGUGGGCUCUGGGUGGCUGCUCUCCAAGCCGCCUCAGCAUUGGCUCGAGAAGUUGAUGAUCUCAAAGCUGCAGAUUACCUCUGGCUCCGGUUUCAAAAGGCAAAGGCUGCAUACGACACGUUGUGGAACGGUUCGUACUUCAACUACGAUAACAGUGGCAAAUCAUCAAGUUCUUCAAUUCAAGCUGAUCAACUGGCAGGCCAAUGGUAUGCUAAUGCAAGUGGGCUUUCACCUAUCUCGAGCGAAGAGAAGAUCAGAAGUGCUCUACAGAAAAUUUAUGACUUCAACGUGUUGAAACUCAAAGGAGGGACGCGUGGGGCAGUGAACGGGAUGCUGCCAAACGGGAAGGUGGAUAAAACGGCAAUGCAGUCGAGAGAAAUAUGGACAGGAGUUACGUAUUCUUUAGCUGCUGCUAUGAUACAGGAAGGGCUUGUGGAAAUGGCAUUUCAUACUGCAAGUGGCAUCCAUGAAACUGUCUGGUCUGAAACAGGUUUGGGAUUUGCGUUCCAAACGCCAGAGGGGUGGAACUCCGAUGACAAGUACAGAUCACUAUGUUACAUGAGGCCAUUGGCAAUCUGGGCAAUGCAAUGGGCAUUGACAAAGCCAAAACAGCAAAACAAGGAGAUGAGCUACAACGUUGUUGAAAAUUCAGGGUAUCUAAAGCAGCAGGCGGGGUUUGAAGAGAUUGCUCGGGCUUUGAGGUUGCCAAAUGAAGAACCUUCUAAGAGCUAUUUGCAGUUGCUGCAUGAAUUAUUGUGUAGGAAAUUAGGGUUCUGAGUUUUAAACCACGUGCCCCUUGUUUGUUUUGAGGUUUCAAUUUCAUUCACUGGUGUUUGUGGUUGGAAUUAUUAAUUAUAUAAUUCUUAUAUAAUGUAAUUGAAUUGUAUAAUUUGUUGUCUCAGAUUAUUAAAAAAAAAAAAAUUUAAAAUCAA